UACGGAUGCGGAUGCAGAUGUGUUUUAUUCGCUCAUUUCGUCGAUUUGUCGCGCCGCAGUAUGAAAGCUUUUGAAGCGAGCAAAAAAUACACCAAGAAUAAAAUGUUAUGAAGCGAUUUUUUUCAACAUCCGCAAGAUAUCUCGUGAUACAUGAUGCGUAUGUCAACAUUUAGGCUAUUGUUUCGCAUUUACGGAUGCGGAUACGGAUAUCCGAACAUACCUAACCAUAACCACACCGAGCGGUGCUUGGCUUUGAAAACAACAACCGCCGGAAAUAGAAAUGCUCAGGUAACAGUGAGUUCAUAAUUUUGGCAACGCCGUAGCAAUACAACGAGUAGCAACAAGGAACUAUUGAGUAUUGUGCCGUGUCAAAUAAAUGUUGUAUGAACAAAAAAAAAAGAACUAUCGAAUCAAAUGUUGCUUCGUUUGUGUGGCACCCAAACCUAAUAGAUGCGAAAAUCGCUUGCUAUCCAAGACAGCAACGAUCAACGGUGAAUGGCAGCUUCACGGUGCGCUUGCUUAUUGUCCAACUUAAAUUGGUGUUAUACCUACUUGCAUCAUUCAUUCAUGCUAGUAUAGCUUUUUAUUUUGCUUAAAAUUUACUCAUAAAAUAAAACACAUAAUUUUAUUUUUAAGUUUGAAAAACACAGUGUCCAUUAGUUUUACAUGUUUGUUUAUGAAUGGCAGCGCAAGUUCAUUCCUGUUUCCAGUCUCUGUCAAACAAAGGUGUCGGUAGUUUGUUUGUGAAAAGUAAAACUUGCAAUCAUGAAUCGAAGUGAUCUUUUUAAAUCAUUAUACAGUGCGUACUUAAAAGCAUUUCCUGAUAAGAAAAAGCAACAGUGCCAGUUAAAUGCUGUCGAUUUCUGGAAUCAAUGUAAGGGCAAAGACGUCGCCGUCUUGGAGGAAAAAAUCAACAACAAAAUCAAAGAGCUGGACGCGUUACAGUUACAGAAAAAAGGGCACCUCCUUCAGUUUUGGGGAAAAUCUUUGAAUGUUUCUAAGGAACCAGCCACGGAACCAGCCCAAGCAUCACAAUGCGAAAAGCCUUCUAACGACAUUCAGGAAUAUCCUCAGCCGUCAUCAUCAGGUUUACUCAAACGUCCUGCUCCAGCGCAGGAACAGCUUAAAACCGAGAUCAGUCACGUGAACGCUGAAGUGAUGUUUCUGACCAACAAGAAGCACUCAGGACAAUUAACAAAUGACGAACAGAUGAAACUAGAAGGACUCAAAAGUAAAAAGGUUAAACUUGAAAAUCAAGAAAGAUGAUCGAGAACGUCAACUGAAAUAUCGCGAAAAAAUAAAGAAGGCAAAAGAGAAGCUUUUAUGUGACAUUCCAGAAGCAGGAAAUUAUCUUUCAACCCGAAAUUCUGCAGGCCCGUCAUGAGGAGCAGCAACCACAGCUUCUUAAAACCAUAUGUGAUCUUGCACUACACGGUUCUGCGGCUCAAGAAAAACGACGCGAUGAGAGUAUGAGGAGUCUCAAAACUUUAGAUGAGUUGACUUCUGCACUUCAAGGAAGAGGAUACGCUAUCAAAAGGUCAGCAACAUACCUUCGAUUGAUACCAAAACGGGUUGAUUCUUUUGAAGGAAAACGUCAUGUCAACACGGUGCCAGUGAAGCUGCUACGUGCGAGCAAUGCCCAUCAUAAGGACCAUUGCGGUGGUCGAUUUUGUACAGCGACCAUAAGAGCAUUGGAAGAGCUUUCAUCUAUACUUGGACCCAAUGAAGUGGGAAUCAUCAGCCAGGACGAUAAGGCGCGCGUGGCAGUUGGGCUCACGGCUGCCAACAAGCAGUCCCCAAUUCUCAUGCAUGUUGAGUACCGAAUCAAGCUACCUGAGCAUGACUGGAUCGUCGCGAAUAAGCACAAACUUAUCCCGUCAGUAUACGCUGGUAUCGAGAUCAAAUUGAACGGCCUUGGUAGACCGGAGGCUGUAGGAUACUCUGGACCAACUUACGUGGCUAUCCGUUCAGGCAAACAUUCUUCUUCAACAGCAUUUUCACAUGCUUUAGAUUUCAAGCGGUUGCUUACCCUAAAAGCGUUCGACAGUAUUUUGAAAAUUGAUGGACUAGUCAAACCGGUUCUAGUUUUUACUGUCGAUGGCGGACCGGACGAAAACCCUCGGUACCGCAAGGUCAUCCAAAUUGCAAUACAUCAUUUCAAAGAGUAUAAUUUAGACGCGAUGUUUGUAACGAAUGCACCGGGAAGAAGGGCUUUCAACAGAGUGGAGCGACGUAUGGCCCCUUUGGGAACUUUCCGGAUUGGUCAUACCGCACGAUCAUUUUGGAUCCCAUUUAGAUUCACAGCUUCGAACCACGGUGAUCAAAACUGGUUUGCGGUACAUGUAAGAACCAGCCAGUAUCUGCUUCAGAUAGUAAAAUGUACAGACAGAAACUGUUGUCCCCUAGUUCGAAGUAGUAUCAAACAGAAAAAUCCUAAUGGUUUUUUGCCUCCUCCAAUCUCUCUGUCCCAAACAUGCCAUGCCUUGAUUGGGACGUCUAAGGACGAAACUCAACGGUUUCCUUCAAUGUUCGUGUUGAACUCAUUACAACGUGAAAAAAUCCUGCCAAAGAUUAUGUUGGGAUUUAAAACAAUUCCAUACGACCUGUACUGCCCAUCAGUGAACGGUUCGUUAAAUGAACGAAUAUGUACAACUUGUGGUUUAUAUUUUGCGUCGGUUGUUAUGCUUCGCGAGCAUAAGAAAAUUCACAAGAACACUUCCACUACAACAGUGAGGAAAGUGCGUCCUACAAAAAUUGUGGCAAAACGGGAACAAGAAUGUUUGGCUGUUGUGGAGAAGACUUGGAGUGCGAAUGGGUUGAAGAAGAGGAACUAGAUUUUGAUAAUCUUUCAGGUAUCCUCACUGAUGCCACAGUAACUGACUCGGCUUUUCCUGUCGUCGAUAUACGACUGCACCAACAGAAUCCUUGGACUGAGGAUUGAACUGUAAUAUGUUAAAAUUUUGUUUCUCUUUUGCAUUUCUUUGAAAUAAAUAUAGUUUUUUCACAAAUUACAUUUUCAGUUACUUCUAAACAAAA